AUGACGCGACAGUGCUGGCGACCACCACCCCGCCAGCGCACUUGGCUAGACCAGGUCCAGCAGUGCAUCUCUUAUCGCCCGCCUGCUGGAUGCCGGUCGGCCGACGGCGGUCGGAAACGAGAACGGCGCGAGGCCCUCCCCGUGCACGCGGUGCUCCCAGGCAAGCGAGAGGGUCAGCAUUGCCUCCACGCAGAGGCACCGGCACGCGACGCACACUCGAUUCCACACACGGCCACGCGACGCCUCCGCAGCGGCGUUGAUCUCGUCGUCCUGCACACACACGGCCUCGGGAAGCUCCAUGAACGCCUGCACUUCGUUCUCGCCGCCCUCCGCUGCCCACAUCACACGCACGGAGUCCCGACUCGCCGCAAGACGCAGAGGCACGCAAGCAGAUGGCGGCAGAUAUCCACAAUUCUUUAUUUUUCUUUUAUUCAGCAGGGAGCUCAACUUCGCCCGCAACUUCUGGUUUGCUACCUGAGCAAAACGAAAAUAGCCUGA